CUGGUAAAAGACCGUUAAAGAGGCGGAGUAGGCGCUCAGAGGGGGCUAGGGGCAAGAAAGGAAGCGAGAUUGUGGGGAAGGUGAGGGAGAGAGAGCGCUGGAGAGAGAAAACGUGUCCUAUACCGCUGGAGCAGCCGCGCCGCGUGUAGCCAAGCUAUCCCCAUCCCCGAACCUUCGGUCUACUUACGGAACCCGAGAGCGGGGCAGGCUACGAUGCAGUCGACGAAAAAUCCGAGUGUUACAGCAGAGAAGCUGGCAGCGGCCGCAGCCAGGGGCCGAGCAAAGGAAGUGAGGGAACUUCUGGAAGCGGGGGCGGACCCCAACGUGAGGAGCCGGUUCGGCCGGAGCCCAAUUCAGGUGAUGCAGAUGGGCAGCACGGAGGUGGCGGAGCUGCUGCUGCAGCACGGCGCGGAGCCCAACUGCCCGGACCCCACCACGCUCACCCAGCCCGCUCACGACGCCGCCCGCGAGGGUUUCCUCGACACCCUGGUGCUGCUGCACGAGGCCGGGGCGCGGCUGGACGUCCCGGACGCCUGGGGCCGCCUCCCCGUCGACCUGGCUCUCGAACAAGGGCACCACCACGUCGCCAGAUACCUGCGCGCCGCGGCCGGGGGCACUGCCGAUCCCGCCCUCAACAAGGGCCCCGCUCUCGGUAGUGGCAAAGAGCCCGAGGGAGCGCUAUCCUUCUUGGAAACCCGACUCUUUCAGAGAAAAUGAAAGAUUCCGGAAGCGAUGCUUCAGCAAGAACUGCGUGCUUCCACCAGCUCCAAGCCGCGCACUGAAUAGCCCACGGCCUCGCUUUGCUGGUUGGAACCCCGCUGCAAUUGGCGUGCUUCGAGCAGCUUGCCCAGCUACAUUGUUUAGAUUGAAUUUUGAUUUGCGGGGCGUGAGCUAUGAUUACAUGUAAUAGUCUAUUACAUUUGCUCGAAUUGGACAUGUCAUUCCCCGAAGACAAGACGUUACGCUACUGCUUCCGCUCAAUUUAAGAUAUUAUAUAACCCAAUAAAAUGAAAAGGACUCCUGUGUCCUUUUAUUUCAAA